ACGCUCAUGGGAUCUCAAUCUGUCAACAUCAUUCCGCGCCCCAACGUUCAUCUCGAGCACGCGCGUCUAGAACCGGGUUUUUCGGGAUCUCUCUUAGCGUCCAACUGCAGGAUCGCAUUUUUCAAUGAGACUUUUGCUCAUUUGCUCGGAGCGGAAUCGAAUUCUUCGUUUCCUUGCCUCAAGAAUCGGGGUCGAGCUUUCGGCCCGAGAGGUAGUUUCAGGGUUCGUGGAAAGGGUCUUGAACUUCGGCAAUCUCCUUCCCGCCUUGGAUUUUCUUGAGACAGAGCGUUUUCGGGUGGUUCACUGCAGCAUCUCGAUUUGUUUUUAAAAUCUGUGUUUAUGUGGUGAUUUGAGUACGUCUUUGGCAUUGGCAUGAGAGUAUAUGCUUCCUCGAUCGACAUUACGACUGGUUUUCGGUGACUUUCUGUUUUUGGGUGCCGAAGGUUUUUGUGAUUUUUUUUUCUGUUUUUGUAUAUAUGCUUCUUGCGAGUUCUCAUUGAUGUGGGCUGGAGGCUUUUUAUCGAGUCUGUUUUGCGUUUCUAUGGUGUACCAUUCCCGUGACUGUCACGACAGUUAUGAAUUUUUUCAGAAAAAACUCAGUGAAGUCUUGAACUUUAUCCUCUGUUCUUUGCCGCUGCAAUUUUCUGGGUCUUCAGCAAAAGCCUUUCCAACCUCGAUAAGAAGUGCCCGUGGUUCUGAAGGAAUAUUGCCUUGAGAUGUGCCAACAAGUUGUUAUCGAGUUUUCAGUUGUCCUUACACCAUCCGCAAAAGGAGAAAUGAGAAAUGGUUCUUCAGAUUUAUUAAGUCACAAGUGAAGGUCGUUCAAUUUGGGAACUUGAGAGUGUUGAUGUGCAUCAACCGAUGUGCGAGACAGAAGAGCUUUGAGUUAUGGUUAAGUUUGCGAAGCAGUUAGAAGGGCAACUCGUGCCUGAAUGGCGGGCAGCCUACGUUAAUUACAAAAUUCUCAAGAAAGAGCUGAGUCGUCUACGGUCCGCCGCCCCGCGACGUGUUUCGGACUCGCCUGUCUUUGCAAUGCACGCAUUGACACGCAGGAGGACAACAAUACACCAAACCGCUAAGCCUACAAUCCUGGUUCGUAAUGUGGAUUCUUCUGGCUCAGAAGAAGUAUAUCAAACAGAGCUCUUGGAAGGCCUUGCCACCGAAGAUGAUGCAAAGCUAUUUUUCCGAAGACUAGAUACAGAGUUUAACAAAGUUAACAGGUUCUACAAAUGCAAAGAAGAUGAGUUCAUGCUUAGGGCUCAACAGCUAGAUAAGCAGAUUACGACGCUGCUACAGCUUAAAAAUCUGGUUCAGGAACAGGGUACUCCCUCCGGUACUCCUCCUACUCGAGAUGAGGAAGAUCGUAAGACGAAAACUGAUGGCGAACUUUUCCCCAGGAACAAAAGUUCCUUAAAACCUACGGAAGUAAAUAAAGAUGCUGUUAUUCCGGUUGAGGAAUUUAGCGAUCCGCGCAGUCCAUUUACGCAGCAGCUUGAAUUGGGUAACUCUUCUGGGGAGAGGCCUGAUGUGGAUGUUGAAAAAUCAAUCGAGGAAAUUAGAGAAAAUCCGCUUUACGAAAGUAAUGAUAUAUUCGACGAUGAUACGCGGAAUGAUUCGAAUGUAGAUGCUGUUGAUCAGGAAGACGUUUUCAUCUCCAAUGAACAAGAACUUCCUUCAGGGCAGAUUGUAAAUGAAAAUGAAAAGUUAAGUUUCAGCCCGAGGCUGCGUCCUGUCCCAGUUUAUGAUUUCAGUUUCCAGAAAGCCAAUGUACCCGAAUUUGAAACUGAGGCUGAGGCUGAGGCUGAGCCUGUGGAACCAGUGAAACAAAGUGAAACUUUCGAACGUCGAAGUACCUUAGCUUCGGUUGUUGAGGAGAUGGAAAGCCAGGUCAAUGAAUCAAGGCUUGAAGCGAAGAAAGAUCACGUGAAAAUCAACAUCCACAUGCCUAUAACAACUCCUGUCGCGACAAUUUCGGCGAUCUCUCAAAUUUUAUGGGAGGAUAUUCUUCAACAAAUGAGAAGGAGUAGUAUUGAUGCCAAGGCCAAGAGUGGAGUAUACCUUAGCAAAAAAAAGGUGCAAUAUGCGGAGAAAGUUUUACAUAAAGCUUUGAUUGAGUUUUAUCGCGGACUUGGUCUACUGAAAAGUUACAGUUCGUUGAACAUGGUGGCGUUUGUCAAAAUAUUGAAGAAAUUUGACAAGGUGAUGGAGAAGGAAGCUGCACCCAUCUACUUGAAGGCUGUGGAAAACUCUUAUUUCAGCAGUUCUGACAGAGUCACGCGCCUCAUGGAAAAAGUUGAAAAGCUUUUUACGAAGUAUUUUCAGGCAAAUGAUCGUAGGAAAGCAAUGGCGUUACUUAGGCCAAUGCAGCAGAAAGCAUCACACCGUGUAUCUUUUUUAAUUGGACUCUUUACGGGGGGCUCAGUGGCUCUAGUUGGGGUCUUAGCGAUUAUCGCUCCAACAACUUUGUGGCGUUAUAAGGCAGGUGGAAAGUCUGGAGAAAAAGCCUACUACGAUUCAGUGUUUCCUCUUUUCAGUAUGAUGGGUCUCAUUUUGAUUCACAUGUAUAUGUAUGGUUGCGACAUUUAUUUGUGGCGUCGAAUGCACAUCAACUACGGAUUUAUAUUUGAGUUUUCUCCAGGAAAUGUGCUGCGCUACCGAGAAAUGUUUUUGCUGUGUACAUCCCUCACUUGUGUAUAUCUCGGAAUUAUGGUAGGGCACAUCGCUGGACAUUAUUCUAAAAAACAACCGAGUCCGUAUUUUGAGUUCCUUCCCGCCACUGUACUGACGAUUUUCUUCUUGCUAUUGUUCUGUCCCUUCAACUUCUGCUACCGGAGUAGCCGACUUUUCCUUCUGAAAACCCUGUUACACAUAGUUUGUGCUCCCUUAUACAAGGUUGUUCUGGCCGAUUUCUUUUUGGCAGAUCAGUUAACAAGCCAGGUGCCAUCUUUCCGACAACUGGAGUAUGUCUUAUGCUACUACAUUGGAAGCUAUUAUAAGCUUGGAAAUGGAGACUCUUGCACAAAAAACGUGCACUUUCAGCGUGUAGUAUAUGUUGUAUCAUUAGCCCCAUAUUGGUGGCGCUUCCUUCAGUGUUGUCGACGAUACAUUGAUGAACGCGAUACUACACAUAUUGCGAAUUGUGGAAAAUAUUUUUCAGCUAUGCUUGCGAUGGGUUUGAAAGUAACUUACAGUGGCAAGAAUAAGUCGAAAGGGCUCUUCGCCAUGACGAUCUUAUCGUCAAUUGCUGCAACUGCAACACAAUUGUACUGGGAUAUUGUGAUGGAUUGGGGGCUUCUGAGGCGUGGAUCUAAAAAUCCCUGGCUGCGAGAUACACUCAUCUUGAGUGACUACAAAUAUGUUUACUACACCUGCAUGGUUUUGAACCUUAUUCUUCGUUUGGCGUGGCUUCAGUCCGUUGCUCGCUGGGAGCUGGGAAACCUUGAUCAUCACAUGACCGAAUUCAUUUUUGCAGGAUUAGAGAUUAUGCGUAGAGGAAUGUGGAACUUCUUUCGGAUUGAAAACGAGCAUCUGAAUAACAUAGGGAAAUUCAGAGCUAUCAAGACUGUACCCUUGCCUUUUGAAGAACUCAGAGUAGACGAUCCUUAAACACUCUGCCACCGCACAGGCGUCCUGAGGCAAUUUGUAGAUAAGCGACAUUUCUCGACAGAUUUCUCGUUCAGGCUAGUGGACGUUGUUGAAAAACCGUGCAGAAUUUAUUUGGAGUUUUUAAUAUCCCUGGACACGUCCAACGCAGACAUCACGUAGUAACUAUCAUAUUCCCUGAGAGUGACGGAAUCCAGAUGAGGUGACAGAGACCUCAUAUGGGACAAGCAUCUUCAGACAGUAUAUUUAGAGCUCUCUAGACUAAAAACAUGGAGUUAGUAUUUCCUUGGAUAUUUUGAAUGUAGGUUCAGUCGAACAAAAGCUUUCUCUCUGUCAUCAAUUGCUUCGGCACUUAACAUUUGUUGAAACUACAUCAUAUUGAUGGAGCCAUAUUGAAAGUGCUGGCAAAGGAUGUAGUGUAUGUGUAGAGUACAGUACUAGGUGUACCCGGGGUCUAGGUUCCAUACUCAAGGGAAAACUUGGGUUACCGUUUAAGCAUCGGCACGCCAAAUGCAGUACUUAGCACAGAAGUUUGUCUGCCGUCUCCAUUUGAACUUGUAACAAGAAAAAAUGAAAUAGGAAAUUAUUCAUGAACGAA